GCAUCUGCUCCAGGAAGGGAUGCGAAAGACGCUUGCUAGGAGGAGGAGCCCCCUGGAAAGUGAUGCUGGAAGUCCUCCUCCUGCGGAGCUGCACAGAACGGGGGAGGCUGUGGCCUCCAUCCUGAGUUCCAUCCUGCUGCCUCCUCCAGCCACUGGACUCUCUGUCAUUCGGAAGCCUGAACAUCCAGUAGAAGGAGGGAACGUCACCCUAACGCCACAAGGAUUCUCGGGUUCAUUCAUUAGCUGUGCCUGGUACAGUGGUGGGGGGGCAACAGAGCAGUCGAAGCAGAUCAUCAUCUAUUACCCACUUCCAUCUCCUCGGCAGGACAAUGGAGCUGCCUACACUGGGCGGGAGACCAGUGACCCAACCUGCUCCCUUCGGAUCUCCAAUUUAACGCUCCGUGACUCUGGAGAAUAUACAGUGAAGGUGCAGAAACAGGACGAUUUCGUGAAAGGCUCGCGUCCGACAGAGGGAAAAACGAGGGCAACCCUCCAGGUCUCAGAAAACCUGGAUCUCCACAGGCCAGUCCUGAAGCCUUCAGAAGUCAUGAUGCCAGAGAACUCCUACGUCACCUUAAAAUGCAACACCUCCAAGAGUGAUGGUGUCAACGUCUUCUGGUUCAAGAAUGCUGAACCCCUCCUAGCUGUUGCAGGCCUUUCGGAUCGGAAUCGAACCCUCAACAUAACUGGUGUCUCCAAAAAUGAUGCAGGGACCUAUACGUGUGAGGCCAGGAACCCUGUUAGCAAGGGCCUCAGCAACCCGAGUAGCAUAACUGUGGCAUUUCCUGCUCCUGCUGCUCCCAGUCCUGCUCCUCUGCAAGGAAUAGCCAUUGCUGGGAUUGUCCUUGGGCUCUUGGUUGGGGCAACGUUGAUUGGAAGCCUGUUUUAUUUCUUUCUCUGUGCCCGUGGUCGGAGUGUCAGCCCUGCUUCUGCCCAGAGUGCAUCUGCUCCUUCCAUGGUCUAUGAUAAUGUUUCCCAUGGUGUACAGGGCAGGGUUGAGAGCUCCUCUGAUCUUAACCAUCCCUACCAGACUUUAGAAUAUGGAGACCAGGCUGUAUAUCAUGAGCUGAAGUAUGAAAAAAGAUGUAUCCAGGAAACUCCACACUUCUCCCUCCUGCUGCCUCCAGCCGCUGGACUCUCGGUCACUCAGGAACCUGCUAAUCUGACCGAAGGAGGGAACGUCACCCUAACGCCACAAGGAAUCCCGGAUUCAUUCAUCAUGAACUGUGGCUGGUUCCGAGGGGAGACGACAGACCGGGCGAAUCGGAUCUUCAUCUAUUACCCACCUCCAUCUCCUCGUGGGCAGAUCAAUGGAGCUGCCAACACCGGGCGGGAGAGGAGAGUCCCAACCUGCUCCCUUCGGAUCUCCGAUUUAAUGCUGAAUUACUCCGGGGUCUAUACAGUGGUAGUGACGCUUGCAUCUGCCGCGCCAGCAAAAGCGUCUGUGAAGAUCGCCGUCUCAGGUGUCCGUGGUCGGAGUGAUCCAUCUUCUACCCAGGCUGUGUCUGCUUAUUCAAUCUAUGAAAACAUUUCCCCUUCUGGACAGGUCAAGGCUGAGGGCUCCUUGGAUUCGAAUCAUACCACAUACCAGCGCCUCGCCAUUCCUGGGUCCAGCCCGGCCUUCGAGGGGGAGGCCGCCUGGAGGGGCUUGGCUUGGCUGGCAAGUCCUCCUUCCCCGCCCCGUCUGAUCUCACGGGUGAAGAGAACCUCCCGGGCGCCGGAGAGUGCAGGAGGCGCGGAGCAAAGGAACCCAGGCGUCCGGCUCGUAGCCUCCAGGACUCUGGUGGACGGCAGGCAGCGGGAGAGUGGAAGGGAGGGAGGGAGGGACCCAGGCGUCCGGCUGAGGAAAGCCCACCAUGGGGAGGAGACGGGAGGAGCGCCUGAGUCCCGCUUGGAUACCCCCGCAGUGGAGGAGCUGGUGGCUGGCAACGCUCCUAGCAGCAGGCGCGUCUCUCCCUCUGCUGGCAGCUGCGUCUCCCCUCCCGGCACGGCGGGGCCAGGGGCAGAGUCCGCGCCGUCGGCGUCUCCUUCUCUUUUAACUUCUGGUUCACCCAGCAGCAGCAGGCGUCCGGCUUGUGGGGAGACCCCUGCCACGAUGGGGAGGCAGGCGCAGGAAGGUCCGCGCCGCAGCAGCUGGGGGGGCUCUCUGGGGUGGAGGAGGAGCUCCUGGCCCGCAGCGCUCCUAGCAGUCUCCCUCCUGCUGCCUCCUCCAGCCGCUGGACUCUCGGUCACUCAGGACCCUGCUAAUCCCGAAGUCGGAGGGAGCGUCACCCUAACGCCACAAGGACUCUCGGAUCCAUUCGUUAGCUGUACCUGGUUCCGAGGGGAGGCAACAGACCUGCCAAAGCGGAUCUUCACCUAUUACCCACCUCCAAGUCUUGGGCAGGUCAAUGGAGAUGCCUACACUGAGCGGGACACGAGAGUCCCACCCUGCUCGCUUCGGAUCUCAGAUUUAAUGCUGAAUUACUCUGGAAUCUAUACACUGCAAGAAGACUCUGCAAAGCCUGUAAAAGUGUCUGUGAAUCUAACUGUCUCAGAAAACCUGGAUCUCCACAGGCCAGUCCUGAAGCCUUCAGAAGUCAUGGUGCCAGAGAACUCCUACGUCACCUUAAAAUGCAACACCUCCAAGAGUGAUGGUGUCAGCGUCUUCUGGUUCAAGAAUGCUGAACCCCUCCUAGCUGUGACAAGCCUUUUGGAUCGGAAUCGAACCCUCAACAUAACUGGUGUCUCCAGAAAUGAUGCGGGGACCUAUACGUGUGAGGCCAGGAACCCUGUUAGCAAGGGCCUCAGCAACCCGAGUAGCAUAACUGUGGCAUAUGGGCCUGAUAAUCUUAAGUUGAACCAAGAAGGAUCUAUACAGCAACAAAUAGGUUCCACUUUGCUUCUGGAGUGUACAGAGGACUCUGUCCCUGAGGCACAGUUUCAGUGGUGGCUCAAUAAUACUCAGCUGAAUAAAACGGGGCGCAGCUAUACAACUCAGUUAACCUGGGAAGAUGAAGGGAAUUACACCUGCCAGGCUACCAACCCCUUUACCAAGCACAGUGCCUCAGCAUCUGUCUAUGUGACGUUGACUAAGGAUGCUGGUCCUAUCAGUUCUGGUCUUUCAGGAGGAGCCAUUGCUGGGGUUGUUCUUGGGUCCCUGGCUGGGAUAGCGUUGAUUGGAGGCCUGCUUUACCUCUUUCUCUGCACCCGCAUCUGGAGUGACAAGACCCCAACCCAGACUGCAGCUGCUCCUUCAGUCUAUGAAAAUGUUUUCCCCUCUGGACAGGUCAAGGCUGAGACCUCCUCUGAUCCUAACCACACAUAUGAGAGUCUGCAACAUGGUGACCGGGCUGUGUAUGAUCAGCUGAAGUGGUGAAAAAAGACUGAUCAAACUCAGACUGGUGUUAUGGCUGGAAGCUGCAACCUCCAUCUAUCCUGGAGGACUCCUCAGAAGGGAAGGAAGGCAGGGUACAGGAACCCGAACCCCAGUCCACCGUGCCAAGGCCUGAACUUGCCCUCUGACUCUGAAGAAUCUGCUAGGGAAACUGAAGACCUUUUAAGUCGUGGCAGGAUCAGCAAUAAUCAACUGAGACCUCUUUAAGCUUUACCAGCCUUUACCUUCCCAAAGAGAUAUGAGACGGAUGCAUCUGUGAAUGGAAGGAUGCCAAAGGGGUGUGCAAAAGAGCUUGCAGUGCUCUAGUCCACCAUCAGAGGGCAAAACAAUCCACCAAACAACAGUUUGGUAGCAUCUAAAUGAUUAGCACAUUUCUUGUAAUGGGACGUUUUCAUGGACCAGUUUGUGUCAUUCGACACAGGAAGCUUUUCCUUAUUAUGGAAGAUAUAUAGACACACUGGCAUAGGCAACACUUUUGUAGACGGAGAUGUCAGUGCCCGUGAAAUGAAAGAAGUCUGCGAGAAGUCUAUGUAAAACUGAAAUGUUAUAUCAAGUAGGGACAAAGAUCCUUCACGAGAUCAGUGGGUGCUGCUAAGAAAUCUGUCCAGCCUUGCUAAGCGAAUUAACACAGGUCAUGUGAUAGGAAACUAUUAUCUCUGUUCAACUGCAACUUCUUUCCUUCCAUGCAUCAAACACCUUUCUUGCAAUGGUUCUGAAGAAAUCCUUGGAACUGUGAUAUGUGGGGAACAGAGUCAGACCAGGUGGGGGGGGGUCUUCUCCAGCCAGGGCUGCAGAGAGGUAACCCAGGGCAAUAUGUGGUCUUGAGGUUCUUCUGCUGUACCCCAGCACCCAAAGCUGUCAAUAGGUAACCCUAGAAAUAGUAUAUUGGGGACCCUCCGCUUUGUGGGCCCUGGAGCAGCUUUCGUCUUUGUCCCCACCUUCUGGUACCCCUGGAUGCAGCUAGUCCUAGCUUUUCAUAUGACACGGAACCAAGAAGACAAGGAUUGAAGAAUAGAACAAUAUCGACCUCUGAAAAGUAUACAGUGUACUAUACUUGACUGGCCAGCAAACUCGCCUGACCUGACCCCAUAGAGAAUCUAUGGGGCAUUGCCAAGAGAAGGAUGAGAGACAUGAGACCAAACAAUGCAGAAUUGCUGAAGGCCGCUAAUGAAGCAUCCUGGUCUUCCAUAAUACCUCAUCAGUGCCACAGGCUGAUAGCAUCCAUGCCACGCCGCAUUGAGGCAGUAAUUGCUGCAAAAGGGGCCCAAACCAAGUACUGAAUACAUAUGCAUGCUUAUACUUUUCAGAGGUCUGAUAUUGUUCUAUUCUUCAAUCCUUGUCCUCUUGGUUCCAUGUAAUAUUCUAAUUUUCUGAGAUUGUGGAUUUGGGGUUUUCAUGAGCUGUAUGCCAUGAUCAUCACAAUUAUAACAAAUUAAGGCUUUACUCAUCUCGCUUUGCAUGCAAUGCGUCUGUCUCAUAUAUCAGUUUCACCUUUUAAUUUGCAUUACUGAAAUUAAUAGACUUUUGCACGAUAUUCUAAUUUUCUGAGUUUCACCUCUAUGUGUGCUAAUCCUUAGUGACAGUUGUCUUUAAAUGGCUUUAAAAUAUGUUCUCCAGUUCCAGGUUCUUCAUGUUCCAAUCCUACUGGAUCCAUGACCAGAAUAGCCUUGAUUGGGACCCUGAUUUACACCUUUCUUCAUUAGUAAGACGUUGGAAUUUGGGACUCCUGGUCAGGGCUGGAUUAUAACAUUCUGAUGCCAUAAACCCGGUGAAGUGCAAGAGGCCCCAUACCAUCAAUCAAACAUGUCUCAUUUUCACAGAAAGAACAUUGAAUAAAUAAACAUGGAAGCUUCGUAUUUGCAUACAUACAAGCAAAGUUGUAAAAAUACUAUAAUUGACUAAAGUAUUUCUUGCCAUGUGCCUGUGUGCAUUAACAGUUUCAGAUAAACAUUUUUUAAAAAAAUUC